AUGAAAUGUAUUUGGUGUGAAAAAGCUAAAAAAUGCAUAGAGAGUAAUGAUCAGGAUACUCAUGAAUUGAAUGUUAAUGGUUGCCGUAUUGAGAAGACACCGGAUGUUAACGAUCAGACUACAUCAACACCCAUCAUUCUCACUGAAAAGACAUCGAUGAUCACUGAAAUCCAAGUUAAACAAAACUUGAAGGCGAAUACCAAAGAAACGGAUCAACAUCUGAAUAUCACUACUGGUCUAACCAUAGAGAAUACACAAUGCACAUCGUUUCAGUACACAUAUGUUGUGGUUCCUUUGGUCGUAUCAUUUUUCUUUUUUUGUAUCAGUAUUGUGAUUUCUGGAUGGUUGUAUAAAAAGAUGAAAAGUAGAAAAUGA